AUGAGUUUACGUAUUUUUCAUGUGGUCAUCCUCUCCUUGUACUUUACUGCAAAUGCAGCUGCUCCACAACCGUAUAAGGCUGAUCCAGAUUGCGAUUACAACAUUACGCAACUGAUUCAAAGCAAAGGAUAUGCUUGUGAAGAACACAAAGUCACUACAAACGAUGGGUAUAUUCUGGGUGUUUUUCGUAUUCCACACGGCCGAAAUACUUCAUCCAUAGGCCGACCUAUUCUUUUACAGCACGGUCUUCUCGACGCUGCUACAACAUGGGUAUUGAAUUUUCCCGAUCAAAGUCUUGCAUUUAUUCUUGCCGAUCUGGGCUAUGAUGUUUGGCUCGGUAAUAUACGUGGAAAUCGUUAUUCUCGUGCACAUGUCAAAUACGAUCCGAACCAUGAUGAAGCUUUUUGGGAUUUCAGCUGGGAUGAUAUGGCGAGAGACGACCUGCCAUCCAUGAUUUAUUAUAUUCUCAAUGUCACCAAACAUACGCAAAUUGCCUAUGUGGGUCAUUCGCAAGGCACACUGAUUGCCUUUGCUGAAUUCGGAAAUCCGAACAAUAAUCUUCAGCAAAAUAUUAGCUUCUAUGCAUCUUUAGCGCCUAUCGCUCAAAUUGGACAUCAGAAGACGCCAUUAAAGUAUUUAGAUACUGAUAGUAAAGAACUCGAACGCUAUUGGCACAAAUUAUUUGGUCGUAAUGAAUUCCUUCCUGCAUCUAAUAUUCUGAAGUGGCUUGGAAAGUAUGCGUGUGGUGAAUUCUUUAUUGAUCGAAUAAUGUGUGAAAAUAUGCUGUUUAUCGUUGGUGGACCUGAUCGAAAGAAUUUGAAUGCUUCACGUAUUCCUGUCUAUACGUCCCACGGGCCCUCAGGUACAUCGGUGAAGAAUAUGAUUCAUUUCAUGCAGUGCGGUCGAUCAAAUAUGUUUCAAGCAUAUAAAUAUCAUACUCCUGAAGAAAAUCAAUUACAUUAUAAUCAAUCGAUUGCACCGCUAUAUUCCAUACGUUCGAUGAAAGUACCAACAGCGGUUAUUUGGGCUGGCGAAGAUUGGCUUGCUGAUCCAACCGAUGUUACUUAUGUAUUUGAUAAUAUUCAAAGUUUAGUUUACGAAAAAUAUAUUCCAAAUUAUAAUCACUUCGAUUUUGUUUGGGCAGUCAAUGCCAAUAAAGUUAUUUACAAAGAUUUGAUCGAUGUUAUGCAAAAAUACCAUCCAAUGAAAUAG